UCUCAGAUUUCACCCAGAUCGCUUAAUUUUAUUCAUAACAUAGCCCCUUAUUUAAAUUUUUAAAAAAACAAGCAUAUAUGUAAAAGCGUGAUACCUUCGCCUUUCCUGUUGGAAAAAUGGAAACUCUCUGACAUGUGACGACUACGGUACGGUCACUGAAGUAGGUCUAUGGAUACGGUAGGUACUCUGACCAAUAGUAACUCUGACUGACGCGAGUGCAUAUGACAUUUCAAGAUAGUUGACGGUGGCGGCGUGGUUUACACUGUUGAAGCCGGAAAUAAGGAGAUUCACUAAAUAUUAGACAAAAACUUCAAAAUGAAUUUAACUACAGAAAUUCAAGCGGAUGUGAAUUCCUUAGUUCACCAGUAUUUAGAAAAAAUUGACAAAUCGCUGGCCCAGACCUUCAUGAAGAAAACUAAAGCGAAACCACGUGCCAAAAACCAACAGACCCUCUUAGACAUCAUUGCCAAGUUUAAUCAAGGAAAUAAAGCAAAAGCUGAAAGUUCCAGUGACUCGAGCGAAGAAGAUGCCCCUAAGAAACCAACAAUUCAAACAAAUGGGAAAGUUCCAGCAACUAAGAAAAAAGCUGAAAGUUCAGAUUCUGGUAGCUCCGAUGAUGAGCCACCAAAACAGGCAUCUAAGCCCAACCAAGCAGUUAAAAAACUUAACAUUACACCAGCUAAGAAACAAGAAUCAUCAGAUGACAGCGACAGUGAUGAUGAUGUUACGUCAAAACCUAAAAAGCAGCCUGUUAAACCAAUAAAAACAAAUCCAGUACGUCCACCACAAAAAAAAGAGGAAUCAUCAGAUGACGAUAGUAGUGAUGAUGAAUCUGAGAAAAAGGUUCCACAAAAAUCAGUUGUUACACCUGCCAAACUUCCAGUCAAACAAACUAAUUCUAAAACACCUAUUAAACAGAAAGAAGAAUCUUCUGAUGAUGACAGUGAUGAUAGUGAAGAUGAUAAAAAGAAACCCCCUGUGUCAAAACCUACAUUAAAGGCACAGACAAAAAAACAGGAGUCCUCAGAUGACAGUGAUGAUAGCAGUGAUGAUAACAAAUCAAAAAAGAAACCGGCUCCAAAAGCAACUCCAGCUAAACCUGUAGUUGCCAAAGUUCCUCCUACAAAGAAACAAGAAACCUCAGAAGACAGUGAUGAUAGCAGUGAAGAUGAAAAGGCUAAAACAAAACCAGCCCCUAAACCAACCCCUGUUAAAGCUGCCAUUGUAACAAAGAAGAAGGAAUCUUCAGAAGAUAGCGAUGAUAGCAGUGAAGAUGAAAAACCUAAACCAAAAGCUGUGGUUAAAAGUACUCCUGCAAAACCUGUAAAAAAACAAGAGUCAUCAGAAGACAGUGAUGAUAGUAGUGAUGAUGAAAAGAAAAAACCUCAAAAACUAGUACAGAAACCUCAAGCAACACCUGUCAAACCAGUUGCAAAACCAUCUAACAAGAAAGAAUCUUCAUCUGAAGAUAGUGAUGAUAGUAGUGAAGAUGAAAAUGAAAAGAGUCAAAAAGCUCCUACUAAACUUCAAGCCAAACCUACACCUAUACCUGUAAAAGCCAAAGCUAAACAGGAAUCAUCUGAUGACAGCGACACUAGUGAUGAUGAAAAGACCAAACCUGUUCAAAAGACUCCUCAAGUAAAAUCAAAACUAACUCCAAAGAAGGAAUCGUCAGAAGAUGAUGAAUCUAGUGAUGAAGAACAAAAACCACAGCAAAAAUCUAAGGCGAAGCUUUCUAAAAAAGGAGAAGCAUCAGAUGAUAGUGAUGACAGUGAUGAUGAUGGCCCACCAAGCAAAAAGAAAGCAAAACCUGAACAAGAAACAGAAAACACUAUUCAAACUGGGAAAAAACGGAAAGCCUCCGGAGGUGAAACUGCACCUGCAAAAAAACCAUACAAUAACUUUGUGAAGGAGGGCGAGAGUCAAGAAGACGAAGAAGAUGGUGACGCAUCAGAGGGCAAUAAAUCAGGCAAUUGGAAUGACAGAGGGGGGCGAGGUGGAUUUAAUCGCGGAAGAGGCUUUAAUGACCGGGGAAGAGGGGGAAACAGAGGUCGCGGAGGAUUUGGGGAUAGAGGAGGUCGCGGAGGAUUCGGGGAUAGAGGAGGUCGCGGCGGCAGAGGGGGCCGUGGUGGAUUCGGAGAUAGGGGUGGGCGUGGUGGUUUCGGUGACAGGGGUGGACGCGGAGGCUUUAAUAGAGGAGGACGAGGAGGAGACCGCGGUGGCCGGGGCGGUGGGGACAGAGGAGGCAACAGACAUUCCUGGGGUGGGGACCGUGGAGGUUUCAAUAAAGGGGGCUAUAACGACAGGAAAAGUUUUGAAGGAGGAGAUAACAAUUCUCAAAAUAAAAAAAUUGUGUUUGAUUAAUAAUAGGUGAGACUUAUUUAAAAACAAUAUUAAUUACCACAAAAGUCUUAAAAAAAUGAAAGUAUUAUUUCGUAUUUUUAUUUUUCACUUAAUUAUAAUAUUUGUAUUUGAAAGGGUGGAGCUCGUGGCUCUUGGGGUGAACGAGCAAAUCAAGAUUUGAAACAUACACGAGGGAAGUCAUUCAAACAUGAGAAGACAAAGAAAAAGCGUGGUUCUUAUCGUGGUGGUGCAAUCGAUACAGGCGUCCACUCUAUCAAAUUUGAAGAUUAAGUUUAUAAUUACACUUGAACUACCUUUGAUGGUAUUGUAACUAAUUUAAAAGCUAGAAGAUUUCAUUCAUGAUAACAUUGUUUUAGUUCUGACACUUCAUUGUGUAUACAACGUUAUCUUUUAAUAUUAAUAUAGACGGGCGAGGGGAAUGCGUCAGUGCUGUAGUUGGCAUAACAAAAUAAUAAAAAAACCAAUUACUUUAAUUUAUUCAAACGUCGUUCCAUUCGUAACCACAGCAACACACAUAAAAAAAAUUAAAUUUUCCGUCCUUGACCAAUGACUAUCAAAAUUCUUUGUAAAUAAACUUGCAGAUGAUAACGCAUAUUUAGAAUUUAAUGUAGUUUACGGGGCGACCUUUUUUGAGCACUGACUACGUUCAGCUCGCGUGGCUACUGAGCGUUCGUGUUUUAAUAAAAUCUUGAUGGUAAAUUAUAUAUUUUUCUUGUAUAGAUCAAAUGCGUGUUCUAUCUAGUUUUCAAAUUCAGUGUAUGCUUAUUUUUUUAUCGACUAUUGUUAUUAGUGUGAGGGAAGUUUGAAGUUAAAGAAUAUUUUUAUUGUUUAAGUUAUACUUGCUAUAUUCGCUUCAGCCACGGACUACUAUUUAAUAAGCAUUUUCAGUUCUAUUUUUAGGUACCUAGUUAAAUUCGGAUGUUCUAAAACUUUACUUGACAUUUGAAAAAAGAUUAUUAUUUUGAGUGCUAGUUGUUAAGUAUUUGUAAAUAGUGUUCUCGUUUUAAGUGUCACGUAUUGUAGUACUAAUUAAUGUACAAAUGAUUUAUAAUUAUAGGUUUAAGAAAUAAAUGUAAUUUUGCAUUACUGUUAAAGUCCCGCCUUUGAAUAUAAUGUUGAGAUACUA